AUGCCGGUGCAGAGCGGAGGAGGCAGGAGAUUCUGGAGACCGCCGGUUAGUGGAUAUACUUCCUCGCGGUAUGGCGACUUGGCUACGCAUCCUUUCACUACUGCACCUGUAUUCGAACAUGUCAGCAAUGAUGGUGCAGACCUCCCAGAGCGAAGAGAUGAGAUUAGAGGGGCUACUGCGAGUGCUGUGCCCAGGAUGAGCACGAUGCAGAGGGAAGUCUUUUGGCGGCAUGAGCGGGAUAUGGAGAGGUUUCUCAGGGACGAUGAUGGGGCUACAAUACACAGGCGGGGAGAAUCCGCAACGACACUGCGAGCAUUGAGUCCAUCCGAGAGAGCAUUACAUGCCAUGAAUGGUACUGCUGUCCCUGUAUCACCCGAUCGAGCGACGAAAGCAGUGGCUGCUGGUUUGAGAGGAAGGACUUCUACUCUCCCUCACGAUCACAUCACUGCUUCACGGCCGACUACUCUGAUCACGAACGGGACAGGAAGGUCAACCAUGUUCCCGAAUGGCACAACGCGAACCACAGACCUCCUCUCCCAAUUCCCGCACCCACCGUCACGACAUCCUCACUCUCCGGCCAAGAGACCAGCAUGGACACUCUUCCCACGACUCACUGGAGGGGCGGUCUCACCGCAGAGUAGUCCCUCGGCUUCUGUUAGUAAGAACUCAGCUGGACGCACGAGUUUGCUUCGGGAGAGAUUGAGACGUGUGAUCUCUGGACCACUGGGACGAACAGGUGUGGAAGAUGGCAGAAUCUUAUCACCCAUGCCCAUGCGACCGAGACAGCUUUCGCGUGCUCUGGAGAUGGCUGAGCUAGCUGGUGAUGGAGAGAACGAGAUUGGGGACAUGGUGCAGGACUAUGAGCGUCUCGCCGAUGUUGGGUCGAGUGGGCCUGAUGUGUACGAAUUGGAAGAUACUUCGCCGGGCUCACAUGGACCCCACAACCAGACAGAAGGGCAGAGCCGAGCGCAUGAUAGCCGUCAGGCUGAGCGUCGCGAUGAACGACUCUCGGUGGUGCCCUUCACGAGGGCGACAAGUGCCUUGACGGAUGUGAGUCGGUACUUCAGUGCGGCUAGCCAUGCCAAUCUUCAUUUCUUCGAGUAUGAAGGUGGGAUUUCGCCUGCUGAAGCUGAGAUCGCGGGCAGUCUUCCCGGUGCAUUGGAGGAGGAACGCCCGAUCACUGAUGGAGGCGAGAGGGUCGUACGAUCCGCGUCUGAACAGCAGACCGGCCGGGAAAGCAGAUUCGUGGGCCCGCCCUCUGGACGUACACAAGAUAGAGGAGUGCUUCCGAGUAGACCAGGACCGAUACAGAGGCCUGCCGCUACCGGAUCUAUUCCGACUGCAGGACGAAGGGACGAGAAUACUGCGCCUACAUCACGACCAAGCACAGGAACUUGGGGAGGCAAGAUCCAACACUGCAAACACAACCGCUCCAUCAUCCCCUCUUUCCCUUUACCACCGUCCUCACGCCAACCUGCCAGCCUAAUCCAACUAGACGGCCACGGCCACGACACAGACCGCAACCCUUGCCAUCAAAUUUCGAACAACACCAUAACGACCCUCUCCACCACCCCACCUCCCCCAACCACUCAACCCCGACAACAACCCUCAGCCGCAGACCUCCACCUCCCUCCCAUCUCCCCAGCCCAAUCACCUUCCCAGCACAACAACGACGACAGACAAACAGUGCACAUCCGGCACCUGCACCACUUUCGCGCCGGAACCUGGCGCACACGUAUGGGACGCACACGGUGCUGGCGUUGUGCACUCCAUGAGAGUCGAUUGAAGGGUUGGGCGAGGUUGAGGCGGAUGAUGGGGUGGACGUGUUUCUGUCGGUUUCGGGCGUAUGAGGAGGAGAGCGAGGAGGAGGAGAGAGAGAUGGCUGUGCUUGCUGCGGCGGGGUGA